AUGAUCUCCCAAGUCUCGACUGACCUUCCACCAACAGAAGACGAUCCUAUAAUCGGCUUCCAAAAGAGAGAUCUGAUCGGCCUCGACAUGCCACAUAACGAUGCCCUUGUCAUCAGCAUACAAAUCGCUCAGGCCAUGGUCGACCGAAUCCAUGCAGACGAGGGCAGCGCAGCCAAUAUCCUGCAGCUGGCUGUCAUCCAGCAGAUGGGCUUGGAGGCAAAGAUUAACAAAUCAGCCAGAUCGCUGACCGGCUUCAAUGGCGCAACAACGGUUACCGUGGGCACGAUAGACCUCGACGUCUACUCCUCACCUGUAGUCUGCUUGCAAACGUUCAUGGUCAUUAAUGAGGUCUCACCUUACAACGGCAUUCUGGGCAGGCCAUGGAUCGGCAUGAUCAACGCCAUCACCUUUGCCACACAUCAAAAAAUUUGGUACCCAAUCCUAGGGGGCGGUGUUGGACAAAUCAACAGCGAUCAGGCAAUGACGAGGAAAUGCUCCGCCCAAGGGCUGAAGAAAAGCAAGCAAGCGCAGUUCCUCCCACAAUCAAAGCGUUAUGACCAAGCCAAGGAAAUCCGUCCAGAGGUCUUUCCUAAAGAAGGAUGGAAGCCCGAGGAGGACAUCGAGUUAAUACCCUUGGAUCCUGACCAGCCAGACAAAAAAGCGCGGAUCGGCUCGCGCCUAAGCCCAGACGAGAAGGUGGAACUUACCACCUUCCUCCAGAACAACAAAGAUAUGUUCGCAUGGUCGCCGUCAGACAUGCCUGGUAUUGACUCGAACAUUAUAUGUCACCGACUCCACGUCAACCCUACCUGCAAACCAGUGGCGCAGAAGAGGCGCAACUUCGCACCCGAGCGGAUCGCCAUCAUCGAAGCCGAGAUUGAUAAACUCCUAGCCGCCGGCUUCAUUGAAGAGGUCUCCUACUCGGAGUGGCUCGCUAAUGUUGUUCUAGUGGCAAAACAAGAGAAGGGAAAGUAG